AACCGGAAACUGCGCGACGACGUCGAGGGGACGUGCUCCGGCAAAUACGUGCGUGCGCGCGACUCACGCCAGGGCUAUAUCAUCAAGGUCGUGUCGGUGCUGGAUGUCGGCCAGGGCAAGGUCAUGCCCGGCACGGGCCUCGCCGAGUUCCGCAGCCAGUACCAGGCGAUCGUGCUCAAGCCGUUCAACGGCGAGGUCAUGGACGCGCGCAUUACGAACGUGAACAAGGUAGGCCGCGCCGCUCACCCGCAGAUGGGCUUCUUCGCCGAGGUCGGCCCCCUGAGCAUCUUCGUGUCGUCGCACCUGCUCCCGAUCGACUACAAGUUCCAGCCAGACGCGAAUCCGCCCGAGUUCACGUCGCCGACAGAUGUGCGUCUUGUCGCUAACGACAGAACCUCGUCAAGGGCCGCCGCGUGCGCGUGCGCAUCGUCGUUCGCGAUCGGCACGAUGAAAGAAGACUAUCUAGGCCCCUUCGACUAG